AGGCGAGGUUAUUGCCAAUCGGUCUCGAGAGCCGUAUCGCAUCGUUCGUAGAUGCCUGGUUGGCCUGCGCUUUACUAGCCAACAUCAUCAUCUCGAUAACCAUGAUCGUCCAUUUUGUGAAGAACAAUCGACACGCUGGGAGUUCCCCAGUAAGUCGGAUGUUGACGUUUAUUGUGGAGUCUGGGGCAUUGCUUGCGAUUUUCACUCUGGUUGAACUGAUCCUUUUCAUUGUGGAGCCGCAAACAAACCUUCACUUGCUCUUGUACGUGAAUUCUGACUCAAUAUUUACGGUGUGACCUCAUCAUGUUACCAGUGCUAUACUGUCGUCGAAAUUAUACGCCAACACUCUGUUGAUAAACUUCAACAAUCGCACACCCCCUACCACGGACGCACGAGGAUUCUUUUCAGA